AUGUCGAAGCGAAAAGUUUUAUUGAUGGGUAAGAGCGGAUCUGGGAAAACGUCAAUGCGUUCAAUAAUUUUUGCUAAUUAUAUCGCUCGCGAUACCAAUCGGCUAGGACCCACAAUGGAGGUUGAGCAUGCCCAUGUUCGGUUUUUGGGAAACUUGGUUCUUCAUCUGUGGGACUGUGGUGGUCAAGAAGUUUUUAUGGAAAAUUAUCUUGCGUCGCAAAAGGACCAAAUUUUCAAAAAUGUUCAGGUACUGAUCUACGUCUUUGACGUUGAAAGUCGGGAAAUAGAAAAGGAUUAUCGCUAUUUUCAAUCAUGUCUAGAGGCUUUACUACAGAAUUCUCCAAAUGCUCAUUUGUUUUGCCUUAUACAUAAAAUGGAUUUGGUUUCUGAAGAACAUAGGGAGCAGGUUUUUAUUGAAAAGGAACGUGAUAUUCUAACACGAGUGAAAUCAGAAUGUGAGAAAUUAAAUCGAUCGGAAAUUUCAUGUCAGUGUUACCGUUCAUCUAUAUGGGAUGAAACUCUCUACAAGGCUUGGUCAGCUAUUGUCUGUAAACUUGUGCCAAACGUUGCAUCUAUGGAGGCUAAGUUGCAGUUAUUCGCAUCAAUUAUCGAUGCAGAUGAGGUAAUGUUAUUUGAAAAGGCAACGUUUCUCGUUAUUGCUCAAGCCCAAAUUGUUUCUCAUUCAGAUAUUCAUCGUUUCGAAAAGGUGUCAAACAUAAUUAAACAGUUCAAAUUAUCUUGCAGCAAACUGGGCUCACAGUUUGAAUCAAUUUCCAUAAGAAAUAGUAAUUUCUCAGCAUUCGUCGACAGUUUCACGUGUAAUACAUUUAUAAUGGUUGUCUUAUCGGAUACGACAAGUGCGACUACAUUAAUGAAUAUUCGAAAUGCAAAAAAACAUUUUGAAAAACUGGAAGUAAGGUAG